AUGGUUUCAUCAAUUAUUCCACUCCUUCUUCUUCUUCUUCUUUUUCAAUUAACACUAGCCACUCAUAACUCUGGCCUUGAAGAUGAUCUCUCCAAUGAUCAACCAAGCGGCUUCUUCUUACCAUUCGAAUCCAAUCUCUACGUUGAGAUCACCAUUGGAACCCCAACACGAACCUUCAACCUCAAGCUAGACUCUUCCACACAACUCACAUUUCUUGAAUGCGACCCUUGCGACGAUGAACACCAAUGCGAUCUCUCCGACACAACUCGACGCUACGACGGAAAAUUUUCGACCACUUUCUCACCAAUCUCAUGCAACAACUCUUCUCUCUGUCCACAUCUCUCUCCUAAUGUAACCAACCAUUACAAUGCAACAAAAACAACAGCUUCUCUGUCUCUUCUCUGCACUCCUUCCAAUUUCUGCCGUUACGACGUCGCUUCUUUCAGCGCCGGCAACCUCGUUUCCGACACUCUUCAGUUGACUUCCUCGAUCACUGACCAAGAAAACUCUCUCUCCAUAGUUCAUGGUUUUGUCUUUGGUUGUGGGACUAGUAAUCGUGUGAAGCCGGAGGACGACGGAGGCGGCGUCGACGGGAGAGUGAGUCUGACGACUCAUCAUUUCUCGCUCCUUUCUCAGCUUCGAAUCACCAGAUAUUCUCACUGUCUAUGGCCUUCCUCCGCUGGCUCGCGUAACUACAUUCGUCUCGGAUCAGCGGCUGAGUACGGUGGUGAUAUGAUGCCGGUUCCGAUGUUAAACAUGACGGAGACCAACUCUUACUCGUAUCACAUUGCUCUCUUCGGGAUCAGUCUUGAGGAACAUAGAAUGAGAAGCAACGAGAGUAGUACGAUGGCCAUAGAUAUUGGAACGUACUACACGCGUCUAGAGAUAUCACUCUACGAGGAGGUGAAGGAAGAGAUAAUGACGCAGAUUGGACCAACAGUCGCAUACGAAGUGAACGAGCUAAUGUGUUUCACAACCGAAGUUGGUUUAGAGAUAGAGUCACUGCCCAAACUCACUCUUCAUUUCCAAGGAUUCAAUUUCACAAUCUCAAACAAAGGAUUUUAUCUCCGAGACAGCCCAUCUUCUUUCUGCACGGCUUUGGUCAGAUCGACCAUGGAGGAUGAAGAAAAGAAUGUGCUUGGAGCAUCAGGACUUUUUGAUUUUGCAGUUGGCUAUGACACUUCAGAGAGAAUGCUUGCCUUUCAACAAAGAGAUUGUUUGGCCGAUUUCGUAGAUGGUAUUUAG